AUAGCUGUGGCUGCAGCCUCCAGGCCUGCAGUAGAGAACACCCAGCAGGGCGAGAGCCUCUCCAUUCAGACCUUCACCAGUGUACGCACCACCCAUGUCUCCUUCGCCGUGGGACAGUCCUUCAAUGAGACCACAGUGGAUGGACGCCUCUGCACAGUAAUACUCAAUUUCCACACUCUUCAUCUUCAUCAUCUUCAUCUCCACAUAUGUUGCAGAAAAUAUUUUUGUUACUAUACGUGCAUAUUUUGCCAGGACUCUGUGUAUAAAAUCAGAGGUCUGUAUAAGCAUGUGGAAAUAAUCAGUGUGUAACUUGAUAGUUGGUCUUGGUGAUGUUUUAGUAUUCAAAUAUUCUCUAUGGUUUGUAGAGGGCAGCAAACAUAACGUCUAACAUACUUGAGGAAGCAGUAACAUGCUGCAACAGUACUGACUACCAAAUGAGAAGCCUCAGGGUCACACACAGAUCUACUGUGUCUUUCUAUCUAACCACUUCACUGCAACAUGCAGUGUCAUUUAUCUACUAAAUCCUUGCAUGGCCUUCCUCCUAUGACCUCCAGAGUACCCCUCGCUGGGAGACAGAUAGCAAGAUCAGCUGUGAGCAGAUUUUGCAGAAAGGGGAGGGCCCUAAGACUGCCUGGACCCGUGAAGUGACCAAUGAUGGCGAACUGGUUUUGCCUACAAACGGUAAUCCUAUUCCUGUAUUGACAUGUUUGUCUUUAACUGUGUUUGGGGACAAAGUAUCUGUUUGAUAUAUUUGAGUUUUGUAUUAAUUCUGUUAUAAUUUUCUUUCAGAUAAUGAGUGCUGGGGACGUCGUGUGCACCAGAGUGUAUCAACGAGAAUGGAAACUUUCAAGACUGUCAAACAUUUCAUUUUGUGCCUCUUUUUUCACAUUUCUUAA